UAAGCACCCAUUCGCCCGUUCGCUCUCGAAGCUAUGGCAGAUGGUCACCUCUUCAAUAAUAUCUCUCUCGGAGGUCGCGGCGGCACUAAUCCAGGACAAUUAAGGGUUCAUUCUGGGGGUAUCCUAUGGAAGAAACAAGGCGGCGGUAAGGCUGUGGAAGUGGACAAGUCCGAUUUGGUGGGCCUUUCCUGGAUGAAAGUCCCUCGAUCUAAUCAGCUUGGAGUUCGUAUUAAGGAUGGUCUCUUCUAUAAAUUUACUGGCUUCCGGGAUCAGGAUGUUACCAGUCUAUCCGCUUUUUUCCAGACUACUUGUGGAAUAACACCAGAAGAGAAGCAGCUUUCUGUUAGUGGGAAGAAUUGGGGAGAAGUUGAUCUAAAUGGGAAUAAUCUUACGUUUCUUGUUGGUUCUAAGCAAGCAUUUGAAGUAUCUUUGGCAGACGUUGCACAAACACAACUUCAGGGGAAAAAUGAUGUCAUGUUGGAGUUCCAUGUGGAUGAUACUACUGGGGCCAAUGAGAAAGAUUCGUUGAUGGAAAUCAGUUUCCAUAUACCUAACUCAAACAUGCAAUUUGUUGGUGAUGAAAAUCGCCCUCCUGCUCAGGUAUUUCGUGACAAAAUCAUGUCCAUGGCGGAUGUUGGAGCUGGAGGGGAGGAAUCUGUAGUUACAUUUGAGGGGAUUGCUAUUCUCACUCCAAGGGGUCGAUACAAUGUUGAACUUCAUCUGUCAUUUUUGCGUCUCCAGGGGCAGGCCAAUGAUUUCAAAAUUCAGUACAGCAGUGUUGUUCGUCUUUUUUUGUUGCCUAAGUCCAAUCAGCCAUUUACCUUUGUUGUUGUCACACUUGAUCCACCCAUUCGGAAGGGCCAAACAUUGUAUCCACAUAUUGUUUUGCAGUUUGAAACAGAUUAUGUGGUUGAUAGCACCCUUUCAAUGAGUGAAGAUCUUCUCAGAACCAAAUACAAGGACAAGCUAGAACCAACCUACAAGGGAUUAAUUCAUGAGGUUUUUACGAUGGUUCUUCGUGGCUUGUCCGGUGCCAAAGUCACCAGACCCGGGAAGUUCCGUAGCUGUCAGGAUGGUUAUGCUGUGAAGUCAUCACUGAAAGCUGAGGAUGGAGUUCUUUAUCCUCUUGAGAAGAGCUUUUUCUUUUUACCCAAACCACCUACUCUUAUUCUUCAUGAAGAGAUUGAUUAUUUGGAGUUUCAAAGGCAUUCUGCUGGAGGUUCAAACAUGCACUACUUCGAUUUACUUAUCAGACUUAAGACUGAGCAGGAGCAUCUUUUCCGGAACAUACAGAGAAAUGAAUACCAUAGUCUUUUUGACUUUAUCAGUUCAAAGGGACUGAAGAUCAUGAACCUUGGUGAAGCUCAGAGUAGAGAUGCUAUACUGCCUGUUUUACCGGAGGAUGAUGAUGAUGCUGUUGAUCCACAUCUAGAGCGUAUCAAGAAUGAGGCUGGUGGGGAUGAGAGUGAUGAGGAGGAUGAAGAUUUUGUUAUUGACAAAGAUGAUGGAGGCUCUCCUACUGAUGAUUCUGGUGAAGGAGAAUCAGAUGGCAGUGAUGGUGGAGAUGAGGAGGUGCCCGCAAAGAAGAAAGUCAAAAAGGAGCCCUCUGCUUCAAAGUCAUCUGUGAGUAGGAAAAAAGCCAAAGAUGGUAAUGAUGAUGUUAAAAAGAAGAAGCAAAAGAAGAAAAAGGAUCCAAAUGCACCAAAAAGAGCUGUCAGUGCUUUCAUGUUCUUCUCACAGGCAGAGAGGGAGAAUGUGAAGAAAAAUAUUCCGGGAAUAUCAUUCACAGAGGUUGGAAAGGUCCUUGGAGAAAGAUGGAAUAAGAUGUCAGCCGAGGAAAAAGCGCCUUAUGAAGCAAAGGCUCGUGCAGACAAGAAAAGAUACAGCGAUGAGAUCAGCGGCUACAAGAACCCACAGGCUGCGGUAAACAUCGACUCUGGCAACGAAUCUGACACUGCAUAGGCCUAGAUUGUGGUUCCUGAAUUACAAUUAUUAGAAUGCUCGAUAGUGCCAAGUCUAGGAGAUGAUGAUAUGUUUUGCUCAUGCUUUGGUAAUUUAGUCAAAAGUCCUGUUAAAAGAGGAAGCUUGCCGUCUUGUGUCUAUUGUAUGACAAAUGAUACUUUGCAUGGCUGUGCAUUCAUUUUUUCACCGCCUUGCCGAAGCAAGCUUAAUGCGUAUGGUUGUGUUCGUUGUCA